GUUGUCCAAUCCAUCCGCUAAUUGGCCCAACCCUAUUGAAUUAACCAUGGCAUGAACCCAAAGAGGCAAGAGUCGACUGGGACAGCCACAGCAAGAGCCGAGAGCCUAGAAGAAAAAGAUGAAACCUGUUAGAAUUUUUGUUCCCCAAAAUUUAACCUUUCCCUUAUAUUAUUUUAGCCUCUUUUUUUUCCUUUUUUUUUAAGAAAAAGGUGAGAUUAAGAUUGGAUUAGAGUAGAUCAAAUGAUGAGCUUACAGCAACAGAAUUCAAGCUCAGCAGCUGCUCAAUCUCUCUCCUUCGAUGACAUUGCCGACUUCUUCUCUCUUCCUCUCUACGACGCUGCUUCCACUUUUGGUGUAUGCGCCAGUGCUCUCAAGAAAAUCUGCCGUGAAAAUGGUCUUGACAGAUGGCCUCAUCGGAAGUUUUUAGCUGGGAAGAGCAUUGAAGAAAUUAAGAGGCAUGCAGCUAGAGAAAAAAGAAAGGAACUCACAGAGCUGUCAAAGGUUCAUCGGCAGGGCAGUUCUCAAACACAAAACAAUGAACUAUCCAAAUUACAAGGUGCCACAGCACUGCCUAACUUGCAGCAACAAGGAGCAAAAAACAUACAAACUGGGCAGGCCCUGAAUUUUGGCCAUCGAAGCUUGAUGACAGGGAUGACAACAUCAGAUGAAUUUAAGUAUGGAUUCCCAUCUGAUGGCUUAUCAAUUACUACAAACAAAUGGUGGGGUGGUAGCAAGUCUGAUGGUCAUGAAGAUGUUCAUGUUGAUGGAGCUGAAACUGAGGGGGAAGACAAGCAUCAAUGUGUAGAAAAGCCUGGUGACAUGGCCAAUGAGAAACUUGAAGAAAAUGGAAAAUUAGAUGAUGGCAUUGGUCCUCAAGGUUCAGGUUUACUGACAGCUGUUAGAAAAAGAGCUGUGGAAGAAGGACGAGAAGCUCUUAAACUUGGUGUCUAUAAGGGCUAUGGAAUAAAAAAGCUAGGCAGGAGGGAAGCAUCGCUGCUGCUUCAAAUAUUCAAAUCUUCAUUGCAGAAGGAUUGGAUACAUGGCCCUUCCUAAAUUUAUUAAGGAUGAGUCUAGUCUAGAUAUAAUUGACCACAAGGUAAGACUGUAGAGGUUGAAACUGACAUCAUCAGGUUUUAUUGUUGUUGCACAAUGGCUCACAACCUUUAGAGGUGGCUUAUGCAGUAUUACAUGUAUUUUAGACACUAACAGAGCUAGUGCAUAUAGCAUGACUGUAGUCACAUUCUCAUCUAGAAGACUAGCCAGUGAUCUUAAUUGGUACGUGUUAGAAUAGUUGAUGUAUUAUUUUAUCUUUUUUUUCUUUUUGUGGGGGGGGAGGAGAGCAGUUACUACUAUUUUCAAUAAGAAAUUUGUUAUUUAAUAA